ACUUUCCAUUGAUUUAUCAAUAGAAUGGGGACGUGGAAUCACAUGCAUAGGACAACAGCUGGGAUCUAAUGUUACAGCAAUACCAGCUACGGGAAGGACGUUAGCCACGAGGAAAUAAAAGAUGAAUGAAUAUUUAGAACUAAUAUGGACUUCCGCAGCAGUGCCCAGGAAGCAGUGUACUGUAACCUGUGUGAGACGGCCUUGGUACAGAUACACUGUGACACGUGCCUCACCAACCUGUGUACAGCAUGUGUAGGGGAACACAUGAUGAUGGGUGAACCCACCGGCCAUCAAUUUGUGCGGAUUCAGUCCAUAAGACCUGGCCAGCAUCCUAAUAAAUGUCUGAUUAGUACUCACUCUGGAAAACGCUGCGAUCUGUUUUGUAAACAGUGCCAGACCCAAGUCUGUUCUAGCUGCAUUGCCUCAGGAAGCCAUUCCGAUCACAAAAUAAUGGAAAUACAGCAAAUUAUUGAAUUUAGAAAGAAAAAGGCUGCAAAUGAUAAAAGGCUUAUUAACAGUCUAAUUCUGCCAUCAUAUGUAACGAUGGCCCAACAGUUACAGAAUGAACUUGAUCAUAUAGAAAGAAAACAUGAGGAAGUUGUCAGGGAAAUUGUAAAACAUGGUGAAUUAAAACAUUUAGACAUUAAUAAAACUGUCAAUAUACUGAAAGCAGAAGCUGAUGAUUUUAGAAACAUCCAGGUUCGAACUUUACAACAGGAAAUCACUGCAAUUGAUGGCAAAAUUUCUAGCAUUGGGGAGGUGAUUGCCAACGCUAAAAAUGUUCUCGAUUCUCAGAGCCUCAUAGUUGUCUCUUCCUACGAGUCAAGAUGUCAAGAGUUUAAAAUGCUACCACAAACAGUCAAUGUUAAGGUGCCUCAGUUUAAGCCUAGGAUGAUAUCUGAGACAGAACAAGAAGCCAUGUUUGGGAGUCUGUCUGUGGAGGAUGUCCAGACUGAAGUCGUGUACACAGAGAUGCCAGCUGCUUUGUACUCCAGUCCCCUCAAAGAGUUGAUGGAGGAACCGGAGAUAAUCAGUACGAUUCAAUCCUGCCACUCAGCGUGCCUGCAUAGUGUGGUCUGUCGAGGAAAUGACAUGGUCUUCACAACAGGCAAUGACUGUACCAUAGAGAGCAUAAGGCUAACAGAAAAGGGGGGUUCAAAAUUGCAACGCGCCAGAACUGAGUCCGGGAAUAAGCCUUGGGACAUUACGCUUGAUAAAGACGGCCACCUUGUAUAUACAGACGGGGACAAACAAACAAUAAACCUGAAGAAAAAUGAUAAAACACAAACCCUGCUCACUCUCGAUAAUUGGAAACCCCUUAAUGUGUGUAAUACCCUAUAUGGUGACCUUCUGGUCAUAAUGGACAGUUGCGAUCAAAAGCAAGCUAGAGUUGUGCGUUAUUCUGGUAGUUCAGAAAAACAAAGCAUCCAGUUUGAUGAGAACGGAAAGCGCCUCUUUCAUUCAUACAGUGGUCAUAAAUAUAUUGCAGAGAACAGGAACUUGGAUAUCUGUGUAAUUGAUUGUCAAGCCGGGGCAGUCGUUGUGUUGGAUCAAGGAGGAAAGCUCCCAUUCCGCUAUACCGGACAGAUGACUGUUCCAAAGAACAGACUGUUUUGUCCUCUUGGACUGACCACGGACAGUCAGUGUCAGAUACUUAUAUCUGAUAUAAGUAACGACUGUAUCGACGUCAUAGACCAGGAUGGACAGUUCCUCCGCUACAUCGAUUGUGGACUGAAGUGUCCAUGGGGGCUGUGUACAGAUAAGAACGACUAUCUGUUUGUUGCUGAAAAAGGUGGAACUCUUCGAAAAAUUAGAUAUCUGGAAAAUGAACGAUUACCAUGAGAGCUUACUCUAGAAAUUCACUGAUUAAGGUUAUUCCAAGUUUUUCCUAAAUUUACCGUCCGCGAUAGGAUUGGUUUUAAAGGAAAAAAAGUACAUGUUCACUUCAUGUUCUAAAAUACACCUACUAUCUAAUAUUAUGCUUUUAAAGAAAAUGUGGGAUAUGAUUGCGCUAAAAAAGAUACAGAUUUAUUUAGUCAUAGAUUUUAAUUCAUUAAAAAUUCCUUGAUAAAUAAUGUAAUAUUAUUUUGCAAGAGCACAUUUCCAAUUAUAGACAGUUUGAAUAUUUUUACAAACAUGAAGUAGUAAGAUAAAUAAUGUAAUAUUACUUUGCAAGAGCACAUUUCCAAUUAUAGACAGUUUGAAUAUUCUUACAAACAUGAAGUAGUAAACGAAAUAUAAUUGCAUCGUGUGUUGGUAAUAUCGAACUCUCAACACAAUAAGCCCAGGUCUAUAAAGUAACCGAAUGUCUGGUGCUCAGCCACAACGAAUCAGCUAUUUUUUAAUUUGGCCACAAUAUUACAGACUAAUUUUAUUAAUAGGUCAUCAUGGACAAAUUGUAUAUCGCUGGAUAGACAGUGUGACUAUUGCUGUAAGACUGUAUGACUUUUAUUGUAUGGACAAAGUGUGGCUAUUGGUAAAUAAAUAAAGUGCGCCAAUUGGUGUAUGGACAGUA